GUGCUGUGCUCUGAUUGGCUGAGUUCUGGUUCAUAGAGAAACACACAGAUCUGACUGUAACAGUUCAACAUGAAGCUCCUGAUACAACAACAACUACUACAACUACUACAACUACUACUGCUACUGCAGUACUCCUGUGCCCAGGAUUUUCAUGGGGAUGUGCAAAUUGAUGCCUGUUCAGACUCAGAUGGAGAGGGCAUGGUGGGUCUGGAUGGAGAUGUGUUGUACUACGCAGACUUUGACAAAAAGGAAAUGGUUUACACUCUGCCACAGUUUGGAGAUUCAAUGGAAUGUCCAGGGUGUUAUGAAGGGGCUGUGGGUCAACAGGAGAACUGUAAGAGUAACAUGCAGAUUGCACGUGAAGCCAUGAAGGACAUACCCCUGGAGAUUGACCCCCCCGGGGCCCCUCUGCUCUACCCCAGGGACCACCUGAAGCCCUCUCACCACAACACUCUGGUGUGUCAGGCCUCUGGGUUCUACCCCGCUCCGGUCCGGUUCUACUGGACCAAAGAUGGACAGAACGUGAGCCUCUCAGCCUCUGUGUCUCAGCCUUAUCCUCAGAAAGAUGGAACCUUCACCCAGUUCUCCAGACUGGACAUCACCCCAGAGGAGGGACAAGUGUACAGCUGUGCCCUGGACCACCCCGGCCUGAAGGGGGAGACCAGGAGCAGGAUCUGGACGGUGGAGUUCCAGAAGCCCUCUCUAGCGCCCUCUGUCUUCUGUGCUGUGGGUCUGACUCUGGGGCUGGUGGGCGUGGCCGUCGGGACCUUCUUCCUGGUCAAAGGGAGAGAGUGCUGCUGAUUGGACGGCUGCUGUGAUGUCAUCGUUGUUAUUUUGAUGUUUUGUGUUUUUGUUUCUUCAUGAUUUUGUGUAAAAUGAUAAAAUGAUGAUGUUUGAUUCUCGUGUGUGUGACACUGUACAUACAAAUAAAUCUACAAACUCUUUAUUCUGUCUGUGAACAACAUUAAAGUAACUCUGGAACUUUUCUCA